ACCACGGGUAUAGAACAAAAAAAAAAACACAUUAAUUAUUAUUAGACAAUAGAGUGCUUUGAAAGGUUCCUCCCAAAAAAAUGGAUAAGUCCUAACAAAACUUGAUUCCUUCACUCCACAUAUCCUCAAAGAUGGUUUUGCACGCAGCAACUCUACUCAAACUUCAUCUGCAAUUAGCAAAACCUGCAGUAGCUGGUUUUUCAACUACCAUAUGUGUGCUCAAGCUGUUGAUGGGUUUUAGAUUCUUCAAAGAUGAAGCACUUUACCAAUCAAAAUUGUUUCUUUUCAGAUUGAGUCAAAUAGCUUUCAAUAAUGAACCUCAAGUUUCAACUGUACAAAGAAUGGAACGUGCUUUAAGAUUAAUCUUCCCAACACAUGCUACUGUCACUCCUUCAAUUAAUUCAACUUCUUCACAGGAAGAGCAAGACUUGCAAAAUGAUCAAGAGGAAAUGUUCUACUCGCUUUCAAUGCUCGCACUUUGAUCAUGUGAUUAUCACUCACUUUGCUUGGUUAUUAUUUUUUUCAUCUCUUUCUUUUGUAUUUACUUAGCUUAAGUUUGGCAUCUCCGUUGGUAUGCCAAAUCACGGUGAGCCACCGUGAUUUCCAGGCUACACUCUGCAGGCUAACGUCAAAAUCAUGGUGGAUCACGUGAUUAUGAUAUAUUGAUCUGUGAUACAAACACAUAUUUAAUUUCUUGUUAUACUUAUUAUUACUACUACCAGUUUAUGCUUUCUUUCCCUUUGCUUUUUUUUUUCACCGUUGUUCAAUUAUCAUUGAACUUGGUGUUUAUUGUAUCUUAUUUUUAUCUUAUUCGUGUGUGUACUAUAGUAGUAGUAUUUGAUUUGGUUUGGUUUCUGUUUGGACUUGAUUCUAUGAUUUCGAUCAUUUUCAUGACAUAUUUAUCAAUUUAUGAGACUUUAAUUAUUUAGUA